AUGUCCCCCCAGCGUAUCUCCCCCCAGAUGGAAGCAGCUCUGCUUGAGUGCUUCCUGUCAGCUACCCGCCUCCUCCCGCUCGAAUUGCGAUCGUCCUUCAUCUUGAUCGGGGGAGCCGCCACCGUCUUUCAUAAUCGAAAACGCUUCACGCAAGACGUCGACGUGGCGGCCUCCCCCGAGGCAAUCGUACAUCUUCACAGCGCAAUUUCGAGCGGCACCACGCAAUUCAAAGUCAAUGCAGAUCCGUCGCAAACGAUCGAAUUCGACAGCCGCCAAGACAUCCUCGUUCAUCUCGAACUUCUCCAGAUUGGCGGCGGCUUUGUCGAUUCGAUCGCCGCGUAUGAACCCUUUCAUGAUGGGUUCAUCGCGUCCCGGGCGGACCUGCUCAAAUUGCGUGGUGUGACGGUAGCUGACCGGGGGAGUGAUACUGACUGGGCGGACUUCAUGUUCUUGUUGGAGGCGACGGCGUUAUCGGGGUCAAUUCUUCCACGGAUGGACCGGUGUACAGUGGAGGCGUUAAAGGAGGUGACCGGGAAGUUGUCGAAGGUGGACGCUCUAGUUUUAAUUGGGUUACUCCAGGAGGAGGAGGAGUUUAUUUAA